AUGGAUCCAUCCCACAUAGUUGCUUAUGCAAACUUCAACUGUGAAAUAAAAAUAGUACAAGCUCGAUACGUUGAAUUCAUAAAGUCCACUAAGAACUUGUUUGCUAGGUUGUAUGUUCCAACAGGAAACAACAAAAGAAUUCAACUCAACAGCAAAACUGUUUGGGACAAAUCUUUUAAUCUAGAUCAUUCUUGUUCCCAAGAGUUUUUGGAAAACCUUAAUCAUCAAAGCCUAGUAUUGGAGCUAAGACAGAAGAAGAUGUGGGGGUCACAACUUAUUGGAAAAUGUGAGAUUCCAUGGAAGGUGAUUCUUCAAUCACAAAACAUGGAGUUGAAAAAAUGGUUGAAAAUGGAUUUGGUGAGUGAAAGUGACUGCAAAGAGGUUAUGUUGACAACGCCAGAAGUGGAAGUGGAGAUUAAAAUAAUGGUGUCAUCAAUUGAUGAGAUGGAGAAGCAAAGUAAAAAGAGAUAUCAUAAUUGGAAUGAGUGUGGAUGUAAAAAUGGGCAUGACCAUAAUACUUGGUGUAACGCAGAAGACUGUGAUAUGUUUGCGUUUGGUGCAGUUUUAGAAGCGUUUUGA